UAAUGCUGAACUCAGUACUAAGUACAUACUUAUAGCUGAAGUCUGCCACGAUAUGAGUUCUCUUACUAUUAUCUACCUUGGCUUGAUUUUUAUCUCGUUUGCUCAAGGGGACGUCACCAAGGAAAGAAACAAAAGAGCUAAGAUAUCAGUGAUUGAUGUAAGAUGUAGAAGAAGUCCAGGUUUCGAGAUUGAAAGAUACGAUUUAGGUGGCAAAAUGUGCCUCAUGUGGUCUAACAACACUAAAAAUUUUACUGACGCUAAAGCAGAGUGUAAAGCUCAAGGAGCAAGGCUUGGCGUCUUUAAAGGUGCUGGAAAAAUGAAGAUCCUUUUCAGACAAAGAGACUGGUGGAAAAGAAAUAUUUGGAUAGGUCUUGAUGAUUUGGUAACUGAAGGCACCCUUGUGUGGCACGACGGAACUAUUCUUCCACGGAGUGACUAUUACCCACUUUAUUUUAAUUCAUACAACCCAAGCAGCAGUGAACAAAGAUGCAUUCAGUUAUGGGCGAGGGACAACAAACUGGACGACAUGGAGUGUUUUGAUGUGAUAUAUUAUGUAUGCGAGAAAGUGUUUUAAUUGAGACGAUCCUCAACCACAUUUAAAACAAUAAAACUAAACUACAAA